AUGAAGGCUCGGUUCACUGUGAACCCGUUCGAGGAGCUCAACCUGACGGAGCUUGACCAGACCAGCCUCAAGGACCUGGCCAACCAAUACAUGGACGCCAAGCUCCAGGUGGAUCUCACGCACUGGAAACCUCUCAAGGACAAGGACAGCCUCAAGGUGUACUCGGAGAGGCCCGAAGCUGUAGCUGCUGCAGUAGCUGCGGGUGACGAGCCGACCGGGGCAGGACUGCUCAUGAUUCUGUGCGUUGGCACCAAGCCGGGGAAGCUGGACGACCUCAUGUACGGCGUGACCAACGAAGACCUCGAGACGAUGCGACUCAAGGCCUCCUACGUGAACGACUUCAGUGGUGCAGCCGUGCUCGAGUUCGUCGUCUUGCCCUCGCUUGAAGACCCGUUCCAGUCGCUCGUCGUCAAGUGGAUGGAGCUCGAUAUCCCCUUCAGCUCGACUAGCCUGGUCAAGAACCGUGACUAUGUCUACCUGGAAGGCACAGGCUUCGUUACGAAUGCAAGGGGAGAGCGACUGGGCUACCACGUGCUGCACUCGGUGAGCUUCCCGCAGACCCACAGUCUACCGAACCGCGUGCGUGGCAACAUUUCCCUCAUCGGAUUUUGGCGCCAGACGGGCAAGAACACAAUGGAGCUGUAUGCCACAGGCAUCAUGGAUCCGGUAAAUGACGGUCUAGUCCGCAAGCUCGUGGUGCCGAACAUGGCGACGUUGUUCCUCUCCAGCCUGAGGUAUGCCCACUGCGGACGGAUGCGCAAGCUGGCAUUCAUGCUGGAACAGCGCUACCAGGAGUCGAAGACUCAGGGGACUCCGAACAAGGAGAGCGUAUGCGUGACAUGUUCCUCUCAGAUCACUGGGCGUCGUCUCGGGGACUUUGGCAAAAGCAACAGCACGUGCAAACUGUGCUUCGGCUUCGUGUGCAGCAACUGCAAGAUUGUCCAAAAGCUGAGCUUUGUGGACGCAGACCUGCUACUAUCACAGCGCAAGGUGACGUUCUGCUCGAAGUGCAUCAGCGAGGUGCUGGGCAUGAGCGCUGUUGAUGUUGCCCGCGCUUCUCUGUUGGGCAAGAAGAAACACCAGCACACCAGUUCUAGUAUUGAGACGGCUCUGACCUCAGGUGGUAACAGUUCCGACUUCUCUUACGCCAGCAAUUAA